AUGGCUGAAAACUCGUCUUAUUCAUCAACUCGCAGUCAUGUAUUCCACGGCCAAUCGCGCAUCCGAAAGGUGGCUACUGUUAAUGCUUAUGGGAUGAACUCAAUUUUCAGUAUGGAACUCUCACCCGAUGGAAAAUUCCUGGCUAUUGGAAACGAUGAUGGUGCUUUAGAGAUUAAGGCCCUUGUUGGAAACAACUGGACACGUGCAAGCGUUUAUCUGACUGGGGCGGCUGUUCGAACUAUCGUUUGGCACCCUACAGAGCAUGCUACCCUUUUUUCUGGGUCAGCCAAUGGCAACAUUUACAAAAUCGCAGUUAAACCUAGCGAGGCAUGUUGA